AUGUAUAGGAGGACUCCAGAUUUAAGUCUUUUGAGAUGUGUGGAUGCUGGUGAAGCUGUGAGGCUUAUUGAACAGAUACAUGCUGUAGUUAGCGCUUGGGGAAUGGAUGUCAUCGGUCCUAUAGAGCCGGCCGAUUCUAAUGGACACAGAUUCAUUUUGGUUGCCAUUGAUUAUUUCACCAAAUUUGGAGUUCCAGAAUCCAUCAUUACUGAUAACGGUGCAAAUCUCAAUAGUCAUUUGAUGAGAGAUAUAUGUGAGCAAUUUAAGAUUAUUCAUCGAAUGUUAACUGCUUAUCGCCCCCAAAUGAACGGAGCUGUAGAGGCCGCCAACAAGAAUAUCAAAAUGAUUUUGAGGAAAAUGAUUGACAAACAUCGAGGUUGGCAUGAAAUGUUGCCAUCUGCUUUACUAGGAUAUCGAACGACGGUCAGGACAUCGACUGGUGCUACUCCAUACUUGCUAGUGUACGGAACAGAGGCAGUCAUACCUGUUGAAGUCGAGAUACCAUCAUUGAGGAUCAUCCAAGAAGCUGAAUUAAGUAACGCUGAGUGGGUUAGCAAAUGGAUUGAUCAACUAGCUUUGACUGAUGAAAAGGGAAUGAUUGUUGUUUGCCAUGGCCAGUUGUAUAGACAGAGAAUGACCCGCACCUUUCACAAAAGAGUAAGAGCAAGAGAUUUUGAAGUUGGUCAGUUGGUUCUUAAGCGUAUUUUUCCUCAUCAAGACGAGUACAAAGGAAAGUUCGCACCAAACUGGCAGGGUCCUUACAUGGUUCGUAAAGUAUUAUCUGGAGGUGCUUUGGUCCUGUUAGAGAUGGAUGGCAGUGUAAGGCCUAAACCUAUCAACUCAGAUGUUGUCAAGAGAUACUAUGUGUGA